AUUGUCACGUGAUAACGACGUACGGACUCUAAUCGGUAGUUGUAAACAAAAUAUUAUUAUAGUGUUUACAAAAGUUACAGGGACGGGUGCUAACAAUUGUUUUGUCUUUAUUUCCUAGUCAGUCCGUAUUAUUUAAUUUAAAAAAAACAACGAGUUGCGAUAUCAGGUUGACUUUGUCUAGUCGUUUGUGAGUGAAUACUGAAUUAUGUUAAACCGGUUCCUAUAUUUUUCUACGCUUCUGUUGUGUUUCACAAGUGCCCAAGACCCCAAAGGUUAUAUUGCUUAUUGCCCGUGUAUGGGUCGUUUCGGCAACCAGGCUGAUCACUUUUUGGGUGCCUUAGGUUUUGCUAAAGUGCUAGACCGUACACUUUUGUUACCACAUUGGAUCGAAUACCAGUAUGGACGACCAAAGUCCUUGCAAGUGCCAUUUGACAAGUACUUCAAUGUGACAUAUCUAAUGGAGUUUCACAAAGUUCAACUGAUGAACGAUUUUAUGACUGAUAUCGCAGAGAGUUUAUGGCCUCCCGAAAACCGUACAUCUUUCUGUUACAUGCAGCGUGGUGAAAAAGAAGGAUGUAACGCUAAGUCCGGCAAUCCAUUUGAAUCAUUUUGGGAUACCUACUCAGUUGAUUUCCAAUUUUCAGAAUUUUAUGCACCAUUGAACUAUGACGUGCAUCAUCAUAAUAUGGCUGCACAAUGGAAUGAAAAAUAUCCACCAACAAGUUGGCCUGUCUUGGCAUUCGUCGGUGCUCCAGCCAGUUUCCCGAUACAAAAAGAAAACGUGCAACUUCACAAAUAUUUAAAAUGGAAUUUUGAAAUCGACAGUUUGGCAAAACAAUUUAUUAACGAGAGAAUCAAACCUGGAAAAUUUGUUGGUAUACAUUUACGUAAUGGUAUCGAUUGGACACGAGCUUGUGAACAUAUCACAAAAAACAACUUAUUGUUUUCUGCGCCUCAGUGUUUGGGCUACCGAAAUGAAUAUGGUAAAGCAACAGAACAAUUGUGUUUUCCAACUUUUGAAACCAUUGUAAGACAGCUGAAAAGAUUAAUAAGGAAGCAUCUUGAAGACAUAAGUGCAGUUUAUGUAUCAUCAGAUAAUAAUCAUUUGAUUCCAGAGUUAUCUCAAGCACUAAGUAGUUUUAAUAUAAAGAUUAUAAAAUACAAUAAAGAGAGUCCGCAUGUAGAUCUAGCUGUGUUAGGUCGAGCUGAUUAUUUUAUCGGAAAUUGUGUGUCAUCAUUCAGUGCCUUUGUAAAACGUGAAAGAGAUACAAAAGAUCUUCCAAGUGAGUUUUGGGCAUUUCCUACUUACCAGAAAAGCAAUCAUAUUAUCAGAGAUGAACUUUAAGACAAAUGUUUUAACUUUAAAUAGUAUGAAAAAAAGUAUUUCUAACUUGGUACAAAAAAUCGAUUACUUCCAUUAUAAUAAGUUAGUUUUUAAUCGAUUAUUAUUAUUAUUAAGUAAUCAUUUCUUUACUUUCCAAAUCUUUUACUUUAUAUUUUUCAAAGAUUUUUUUUUUUGUAUUAUUAGCAUUGUAUUAAAUUUAAGAUUUCAUUUUAUAUGUAUGCAAUGUGAUAUUCCAUAGAUAUAUUAUUAUUUUAGCUUUGAUGUGAUUCUGUGAACUUGUCUUAUUAUAAUUUAAAAGAGACUUGCAUUAAUACAAUAAUUUUCUAUAUUUUUACUUGUAAAUAAAUCUAAAAUCAAAAACGAGUUACUACGGAAUGCCGACAGAUUUGUAAGACUUGUAGUAUUUGCUUAUAUAAUUUUUAUUAUUAGUGGUGAAAACUGAAACUAGGUUUCUUUCAAAUAUUUUUAAUAGCUCAAUCAUUCUUUUUUUGUUCGAUUGCUGUUUAUUGGCAGACCUAGUACCUGCAAAGUAUUUGUGAUAAUUCUUUAAUUAUUGAGUCUAACAAACAAAUAAAUGAAAAGGUAAGUCUGAUAAACCUGAAAAACAAUUAUUGUUUUUCAUUAUUUUUAUUUAAUUCUUCUAUGCAUAAUUUCUGCAGAUUUCAUUGUAUAAAUAGAGCUUAUCUGGUAAAUUGUUUAUAAAAAACUAAGACUUG